AUGAAGACACACGAGAUCCCGACACUCCUCCAGGUGCUCGCGCGAACGUUCCCUGCGCUAAUCGCGAAGCACGCAGCCCAGCCGGGCGCGAAGCCCGUCAAGCUACUCGUCGUCGACGCGCUUACUGAGCUCUUCCACUCCCACGACAAGGUGUCCAGCGACAUGCUCUCCCAGCGCGCGAAGAGCCUCGCCGAGAUCUCCACGCUGCUGCACGCCCUCGCGAGCGCGCACCGCAUCGCCGUGCUAGUGCUCAACGAGGUCGUUGACGUCGUCGACAGGUUCUCAGACGCGCCGCUGGACGAGUCGCACGACCUCAUCUACAGCGAGCAGGCGCGCUGGUUCAGCCGUGCGGAAAACAUCCCUGGCGAGGGCCGCAAGCAGGCAAGUUUAGGCCUGGUGUGGGCGAACCAGGUCAACACGCGGAUCAUGUUUAGCCGCACGGAGCGGACGGCAUACUUGGACGACGUGCAAGAGAGGAGGGCCAAGCGCAGACGGCUGGAUGACUCACAGAAGUCGCACAGCAUCGAGGCGCAGCCUACUCGCAUCCGGCGCAUGAGCGUCGUCUUCAGUUCUGUCGCGCCGUUGAUGUCGAUGGAUUAUAUCGUGACCGACGAGGGCAUCGUUACGCUGCCUGAC